UCCCAGCUCCGCUCGGGUCUAUGGAGGGAAAACUUGGCGCAGGCUGCACAAUUCUGAUGGCCGCAACCGCCUGCGGCACCAAGGCCAUGUCCCUCUUCAAGCGGACCUGGGUGCUGAGCCCCGCCGCGGCGCCUAAGGGCGCGGGCACCCCCUCGCGCUGUUGUCCCUGGCCUUCCAAGGACUGGACUCGGGGAGAGGGCGUCUGCGCUUGGCUACGGCGUCCAGCGGCUGCCGGCUUCCUGCCUCAGUCCCACUCUUGCUCCUCAACAACCGCUACCUCCGUGUGUCUUCUCUGCCCGCAGGACUCGCUCAGCAGCAGCUUGAAAACUUGUUACAAGUACCUGCAUCAGACCAGUCGCAGUUUUGCAGCUGUUAUCCAGGCGCUGGAUGAAGAAAUGCGCCAUGCAGUAUGCAUAUUUUAUCUGGUUCUCCGAGCUCUGGACACUUUGGAAGAUGACAUGACCAUCAGUAUAGAAAAAAAAGUCCCACUGUUACACAACUUUCACUCUUACCUUUAUGAACCUGAUUGGCGAUUCAUGGAGAGCAAGGAGAAGGAUCGACAAGUGCUGGAGGACUUCCCAACGAUCUCCCUCGAGUUUAGAAAUCUGGCUGUGAAAUAUCAAACAGUGAUUGUCGAAAUUUGCCGGAAAAUGGGAUUUGGGAUGGCGGAGUUUUUGGAUAAGCAUGUGACUUCUGAAGAGGAGUGGGACAAGUACUGUCACUAUGUUGCCGGGCUGGUGGGAAUUGGCCUUUCUCGUCUGUUCUCGGCCUCAGAAUUAGAAGACCCCUUAGUUGGUGAAGAUACAGAGUGUGCCAACUCCAUGGGCCUGUUUCUGCAGAAAACAAACAUCAUUCGUGAUUAUCUGGAAGAUCAGCAAGAAGGAAGAGAGUUCUGGCCUCAAGAGGUUUGGAGCAAGUAUGUUAAGAAGUUGGGUGAUUUUGCUAAGCCGGAGAAUAUUGACUUGGCCGUACAGUGUCUGAAUGAACUUAUAACCAAUGCUCUACACCACAUUCCAGAUGUCAUCACCUACCUUUCCAGACUUAGAAACCAAAGUGUGUUUAACUUUUGCGCUAUUCCUCAGGUAAUGGCCAUUGCUACUUUGGCUGCCUGUUAUAAUAAUCAGCAGGUGUUCAAAGGGGUAGUGAAGAUUCGAAAAGGACAAGCAGUAACCCUGAUGAUGGAUGCCACCAACAUGCCAGCUGUCAAAGCUAUAAUAUACCAAUAUAUGGAAGAGAUCUAUCACAGAAUCCCCAACUCAGAUUCAUCUUCCAGUAAAACAAGGCAGAUCAUCUCCACCAUCAGAACACAGAAUCUUCCCAGUUGUCAGCUGACCUCCCGAAGCCACUACUCCCCCAUUUACCUGUCGUUUCUCAUGCUCCUGGCUGCCCUGAGCUGGCAGUAUGUGAGUACCCUGUCUCAGGUCACAGAAGACUAUGUCCAGACCGGAGAGCACUGAUUUGUUAACAUGAAACAGACUGACCUUUUUUCAAGGAUGGAUAUUGGUGUCCCCUUUUCUCCCCUCCUGCGUUAAUCCUGUAAUUCUGUGGGCUUGGACCCUGGGAAACUGUGACAUGCAGCUGAGAUGAGAAUAAAAGAGGGCACCUCACCCUCAGCACCUGGGACCUGGGGGUGGUGCUCACCUGCGCAUGAUGGCUGAGGUGAGCACUCAGUGGUGUGGGUUGGGAAGUCGUUGCACUGGGACUGCUGACAGAUCUGUGUGCAUCCUGACUAGAGUUAUAAUUAAAUGUAUUUAAUUUGAAGCAAC